AUGGCCGCUCAAAUAUUCGCGCACAAGACGACUGCCUUGACGAAUCCUCCAAAUUACGCUUUGACCUCUCAUCGACUCUGUCGCACUCUACAUACCUCCACCAAGCAACCUAUCGUCCUGGUGGCAUGCGGCUCCUUUAAUCCUAUCACAUAUCACCACCUUCGGAUGUUUGAGAUCGCAAAGGAUUUCAUUCAGCAGAAUACCAAUUUUGAAAUCCUCGGUGGAUAUCUCAGUCCAGUCAGUGACGAGUACAAGAAAGCGGGUCUAGUCAGCGCACAUCAUCGGGUUAACAUGUGCGCGCUCGCCACAGAGCAGGAGUCGUCGUGGCUAAUGGUCGAUUCCUGGGAGGCGCUGCAGACUUAUCAACGUACAGCUGCUGUGCUUGAUCACUUCGAUUACGAAAUUAACACGGUUCUUGGUGGCGUGUCCACUCGAGAUGGUGAACGUGAUGUUCAGAUCAUGCUCCUUGCUGGUUCAGACCUAAUUGGCACCAUGUCUGAGCCGGGCGUUUGGUCUCAUGAUGACCUCGAUCAUGUACUCGGACACCAUGGAACGUUUGUCAUUGAGCGCACUGGGGCCGCUCUGGAUCAAGUAGUUGACAGCCUGGCGCGUUGGCGGAACAACAUCUACCCUAUCGCUCAGCAGGUCCAGAACGAUGUUUCAUCGACGAAGGUACGGCUGUUCUUUCGCAGGGGUCUUUCGGUACAGUAUCUCCUCCCAGCGGCUGUCAUCGAUUACAUAGAGCAGAACAAUCUAUAUCCAGACGACGGACCAUGCACGGAGAAAGAUAGAGGCAAGGAAAGUGAGAGCGGAGAAGUUGACACUACUAGUUCAGAAAGCGGCCGCAAUGUCCAGUCAACAUUGGGAACGGAGACGACAAGGUUAUCAAAUUAGACUUGUAUAGAGAAACCUUAAACGUGAGUAAAAUUACUAGCUAAAUGAACUCCGUUGUUGUUGUCAAUCAAAUGAGUGGACACUGGUUUACGCUAGUCGACACUGCUUGAAGCCAAAUCUAUGGCUGUUGCGGGUGGAUCGGUAAUGAAAAAGAUUCUCUAGUAAAGAGUAAUAUGCCAAACUGUUGUGUUAGACUGGUGUGUUGGAUCCUGGUGAGGUCGGAAUUGUGCGAUCACCGGGAAGGCCCGAGGGUGAUGGUCAAGAGGAGAAAAGUGCUGCUAUCGUUCCCCAGUGGGCUAUAAAAUUCCCCACAAAUAUAGUGUCCUCGCUGUAACGUGGUGGCACUGAAGUCUGGACUGUUAUUUGACUCGUAUGUGUUCAUUUCGGUGGUGAGGAUGAUGAUCUGCGCAAUGUCUGCAA